AUGGGGUUCAAGAUCCUCGCUCUUCUGGCAGCCAUGGCCGUGGCACGCCACCCGCCAGCGCGAGUGCAAUCAAACACGAGCGGCAUAGCCACUCAGGACUUCAUCCAGAAGGUCAACCACACGGUCGACGCGGGCUCCGCAACAUUUAGACAGCGGUAUCAGCUUAUAACGCAACACUUCGAGCCUGGCGGACCGAUUCUUUUCGUGCAGAGCGCCGAGUCCGGCAUGCCGUCCAUCAACUCGAGCGACUUCAUAGACUACGCACCGAAACUCGGCGCCCUCGUCGCGAUGCUCGAGCAUCGCUUCUUUGGCGACUUCCGCCACGGCAGCUACCCGCUUCAUUACAACCCAUUGAACGUCUCAAACGAAACGUUUGACUCGCUGUCGUUGGAUAACGUUCUUCAAGAUGGAGUUAAUUUCGUGAAUUGGAUAAAAAAGACGGUGUUGGGUGCUGCGAAUAGUAAAGUGAUUUAUGGUGGUUCUUCGUACGGCGGAUUCCUUGCCGUAUCGGCACGGAUUCGCUAUCCAGAUACGUUUUACGGCGCGAUUGCCUCCUCGCCGGCCUUGAAUUCGUUCGGCCCCCUCAGCUCGAAUCAGGUUAAAUUCGAUUCCGCAAAGUGGGCGAGCCAAGUAUAUAACGACGCUUCGAAAGACGCAUCCUCCAAAAUAAAAACGUCCAUGUUAACGUUUAAGAAGUGCCUUGCAGACAAUAGCUGCGAGGCGACUAUCCCCGAUCUCAAUAUAUGCAAGAACUCCACGUCGCUAGGCUACGAGAGGCUGUACAAGGCGGUGCUCCAUACUUACCUAGCCAUCUCCAAGUUCAACUACCCGUGGAUCGAAAAAUUCCCAACGGCAAACCCGCUGUCGGAACUAAUCAAAAACACGCUCGAAGCUAAGACCGUAGGCGAAGUCCUCCGCCUCCCGCUCCUAGCAACCUCAUGGACGACCAACACAUCGGCCUGCAUCGACAGCUUCAACGGCAACAUCUCCAGAGCCAGCCAGGGCAACGUGAUGAGCAGCGAGCCGGCCUGGAGCGCCGUCACAUGCGGCUACUACCCGAUCAACGACCGAUCGAUCCCCGCGGACAACAUGCUGCCCGAGGCCUUCGCCCGGGGCACGGUGGACAUAUGCACGAACCCGGCGUGGCAGGGCGUCGACUACAAGCGCGAGAACGAGUACUUCCUGCAGAAGUACGCCAUAACGAACGAUAUCCUCGACGCGACGGAACGGCUGCUCAUCGUCCAGGGCCGCUACGAUCGCACGGCUGCCAUCGGCUCCCCGGCCCUGACGGUUACGGAUUUGUAUAACCAUUCCCGCGUUAUACUUGUGGACGGCACGGCGCAUGCGGAGGAUGCGGUGUCGGAGGCGGUGGAGCCGCGGGGGAUGAAGCCGCAGAUGGAUCAGAUCCGGGAGAUUAAGCUUGCGCAUCUUAAGGAGUGGCUUGGCCGGGGUAAUCAGACGGAUUCCGGAUCUGCGAUAUUGGUCCCGGUGCAUGGGGAUACGACUUCGGAUCUGGCGGUGCCGCAAUCUCAGUCCUCGCCAGUCGAGUUUACUUUCUUCUCCUCGUUACCGGUCGAGCUGCGCUUCAAGAUCUGGAACGAGGCUUUUUGCCCUCGUGUAGUAGAGAUACAUACGCAGAGAGGGGCUAACAACGACUUGACACAUCCGAUAUGGGUGUCGAAUAGCGAUAAUCCGGCGGUCAUGUCCGCUUGCUCUGAGUCCCGCACCCUGGCGCUCGAGCACUUUACGGUUCUCUUACCCGUCUUCAAGUCGGAGCCCAAUGCGUCUGUUUCUCGGUAUCUAUAUUUCUCUCCGGCUUCCGACCUGCUCGUGUUCAUAGGAGAUGCCGAUCGUAUACGGCUGUUCGAUAUCUUCCGAACCGUCCAACAGCGAGAUCCAGACCACCGAGGGCUGCAGCGCGUGGGGGUAAGCUUGAGCUGUUGGGCGUACAACUUCAAUUACGCGGCCCUGAAGCUCUGGAAGGAGACCUUCCUUACCGAACUAGAAGACCUAGUGAUUAUUAUGUAUGAUGAGCAGAAGCCGCCUGAUAGCUUUCGGCGUGGUGAAGUUGGGUUAGAGAUAGUCAAUGGCAUGGAUUCGUUUGCUCGCAUAUUUGAGACAAAUGUGCGGAGAUUUUUCAAUUUUGGUCGUUUCCGCCUUAUGAAUCUGACUUUUAGCGCUAGGCCAGCGCCUCAUUGUGGUAUUAAUUCCACGGUUGCAGGUUAA